AUGACGAGGAAAUAUUGGAGGGUCGAGGGACACAGUUCGAACGUCUUGAUUCUUGGUGAUGAAUAUAUGCAGAGCCAACUUGUGUGCAAUGGUUGUAGGAGCCUUCUGCUUUACCCGAGAGGGGCAACCAAUGUUUGUUGUGCAUUGUGCAACACGAUUACCUCUGUUCCUCCACCUGGGAUGGAAAUGUCUCAACUUUACUGUGGAGGCUGUAGGACGUUGCUAAUGUACACUCGUGGAGCUACAAGUGUGAGAUGUUCCUGCUGUCACACUGUAAACCUUGUUCCAGCAUCUAAUCAGGUAGCUCAUGUCCAUUGUGGGAACUGUCGGACAACCCUCAUGUAUCCUUAUGGAGCUCCCUCAGUCAAAUGUGCUCUUUGUCACUAUAUUACUAAUGUCAGUAUGAACAGUGGACGACUGCCAAUCCCUGUCCAUAGACCCAAUGGGACAACCAAUGUUGGAACAUUACCUUCCACUUCAACAUCAAUGCCUCAAUCUCAAAGUCAAACAGUAGUGGUAGAAAAUCCAAUGUCUGUGGAUUCAAGUGGGAAAUUGCAAGUUUCCUUAAAAGAAGUUGACAUGUCACAGCCUGCAAUGGUUCAAUUGAAAUCAAUAUUUUUCCAAUCCAAGAGUUGGAUGGAAUUCCAAGCAUUGCUUGAUGAAAUUACUGAUAUGAUAGAUUUUUACUGGUCAUUUGAAAAAAGCAAUUGGAUAAAACUAGCUGCUUUGGCAAUUGAGAUAUACAAAUUUUCUCAUUUGACUUUUAUAGUUCCACACACGCAGCACUAUUGUGUUUCGGAUUUUCACAAGUCUGCUAUGCUUCGAGAGUCUUGGGAGGGUCCUUCUUCUGCCAAAAAGUGUUUGAUUCCAGACUCCACUGUAAUUUCUCAAGGUUGUCGUGCGAGGUUGAGAUCAGCAAACAAGAUAAUUGGAACUAGAAAUGCAAUUCUGCAGCUUUACCAAAAUUCAGAUUCAGAUUCAGAUUCAGAUUCAGAUUGUUCUCUAGUAGAACUGGAAUCCCUUCCAAGACAUGCGCAAGAAACAAAACAUGAAGAGACUGAAAAGGGUGGAGAUUCUGCUGAUGAAGCUGAAAUGGAGGAAGUGAGUGAGUAUGAGAAUCAAAUGGCUAGUCACUCAACUCAAGUGGAAGAGCACAAUGCAUUGGAAGUAUAUUGUGCCCCUCUUGAGCAGGAACCUUUGGCUGAGGGUAUUCAAGCAUCAUUUAACUCUAGGGAAAGAGAGGACAAGAAAAAUAGCAAGACUAUUUCAAUGGUUGGACAUUCAUCCUCACAAUUCAGCCUCAACCUUACUCACAUGGUUAAUAUGUGGGACAAUGAAGGUGAUGAUGAGGUUAAUUCUGUUGGACAGUGCUCACCAAAGGACACAGUUGAAGGAUACCAAGUGAAGGGAGAAUUCAUACCCUUGUUAAGAAAAAUUCUCACUAAGCAUGGAGAUGUUUUUGAGAAUUCUUUGAUAACCACUGUAAAAUUCCGAUCGGCUUUGUUGGAGACAAUAUGUGAGAUGAUCUCAGAAUUGGAAGGCAAGGAUCUGAAUAAAACCACAGACGAUAGGCUUCACAACAUGAUUGAUCUGGCAAAAGAAAUGAAAAAUAUGAAAGUGAACAUUGAGUGGCUCCACCUGAGGUUGGAGGAGAUAUACAAGGCAAGGCAGAUUCUUAAACAAUGUGGCAUGCUGAAAGAGAGAAAAGAUAGUAACAAAAAGGUGAUUGAGAGUGUGAAGAUAGAAUUGGAACAAUGUGAAGCAGAAAAGAAGGCAUUGACAGCACAGUUAAAAUCAGUGUGUGAUAAAGAGAGUGCUUGUAAGGAGACACUGGCUAGAGCAGAUGAUGAGUCCAGUAGGAUAAGGGAACAUAUCACAUAUGCUAAAUCUAAAGUUAGACCCUUUUUUAAUUGCUCUUUGGUGGAUGGAUUACUUUAG